UUAUUCCGCCGUACCUGUUGUAGACUCCGGGGAAUCUAUAGCACGUCCUGUCCCGCGGACGGCCCGAUAACAACACGAUAUUCAUGUAUAAAUCGUCGUGGCGCAUAAUAUUAUCAAUAUUGUGUCAUUAGCCAUAUUUUCUUUUCCGGUGUCCACCUCCCGUCGCCCGUGCGGCCGUGCCACUUCCAUCCGCACUCGCGUUCGCACGCCACACGGACACGCGCCGCGCACACACCCCCCAGUCGCCGACGGGAAUUCCUACGAUUUUUCCAAUAAUAUUAUCCGGAAGAUUCGUCGCACCGAUUCCGCCGUCUACGACCCUACACGCCCUGUCCGCGGUCGUGGUGUCGUGUACCCGUACCAGUGUACCAUGUCCGGUCGCGGUACGCCCGACGACGACGACGACCACCACAACAACAACAACAACGACAACGGCUGCAGAUCGAUCGACCGUUCCGAACGAUAGAUCCUCGAGGUGUGUGUGUGGCCGUCUACGUCCUUCCGCGUCCCGCACGAAUCGAAUUUCCGGCCGCCACACGGCCCCCACGGCACUUCCUGCCUUACACUUUACCCGAAGUACGUGCUCUAGUGCGAUAUUAUGCCACUCGCUGGUCUCGGAGAUUCGGUCGAUCCUUGGAAACGAGUGUCGCUGCAAACCGAACCUAACAAUCUAGUUAGCAACAACGCCAUGGUUGUAGGUACAUCAAAGUCAAAGCCAAUACCAUUUAAUCAAUCCAAUCCCUCAAUGCUGCAUAAUGAUAUAAGUAUAGGACCGGAUAAAGAUGAUGAAAUCAUUGAUGAAUUAGAUGAUGAUCAGGAUGAAAAUCAAAACGAUUCUGAUGAGAACAGUGGUCAUGAAAUUGAACUAAAAGAACUUAUAAAAGAGGGACAUGAAAGGGCUGAACGAUCUCAGUUUGAAUUGUUAAAAGUUCUUGGACAAGGAUCAUUUGGAAAAGUAUUUUUGGUUCGAAAAAUUGUUGGGCCAGAUAAUGGUACACUUUAUGCAAUGAAAGUAUUAAAAAAAGCAACUCUAAAAGUGAGGGAUAGAAUAAGAACAAAAAUGGAACGUAAUAUAUUAGUUGAUGUCCGACAUCCAUUUAUUGUGCGGUUACACUACGCAUUUCAGACUGAAGGUAAACUUUACCUCAUUUUGGAUUUUUUACGUGGUGGAGAUCUUUUUACAAGGCUUUCUAAAGAGGUUAUGUUUACCGAAGAAGAUGUUAAGUUUUAUUUAGCAGAGUUAGCAUUAGCUCUUGAUCAUAUACAUAGCCUAGGAAUUAUUUACAGAGAUUUAAAACCUGAAAACAUAUUGUUAGAUGCUGAUGGUCAUAUAUCCUUGACUGAUUUUGGUCUAAGCAAGUUACCUUUAGAUGAUCAAAAAGCUUAUUCAUUUUGUGGAACCGUUGAAUAUAUGGCCCCCGAAGUAGUAAAUCGCAAAGGUCAUUCAUUUGUAGCUGAUUGGUGGUCAUUUGGAGUGUUGAUGUAUGAAAUGUUAACUGGAUCUUUGCCUUUCCAAGGCGCUAAUCGUAAGGAAACAAUGUCACAGAUAUUGCGCGCUAAACUUGGUAUGCCACAGUUCUUGUCAAAUGAAGCUCAAGCUCUAUUACGUGUACUUUUCAAAAGAAAUCCUAGUAAUCGUUUAGGAGCUUCUGGUAUUCAGGAACUGAAAGAUCAUGCAUUUUUUGCAUCAAUAAAUUGGGACGACCUAUACCAUAAAACAAUCCAUCCACCAUUUAAACCAGCUGUUAGUAGAGCUGAUGAUGCAUUUUAUUUCGAUAGUGAAUUCACUUCUAAAACUCCCAAAGACUCUCCAUGUGUUCCACCAAGUGCUAAUGCCCAUGAGCUAUUUCGAGGAUUCAGUUUUGUUGCUCCUUGUUUAAUUGGCGAGGAGGACGUACUAAAUCUCCAACAACCAUCCGCAAUACCAACUAAAGCGACUGAACCUUAUUCAAAGUUACCUUAUGCUAAAAGAAAUGCGGCUGAUGAAUAUGAAUUCAAACAUGAAAUUGGCCGUGGUAGUUAUUCUUCAUGCAAAUUAUGUGUUCAUAAAACUACUCGUAUUGAGUAUGCAGUUAAGAUAAUUGAUAAAUCGAAAAAAGACUGCCAAGAAGAAGUUGAAAUUCUUCUACGUUAUGGACAUCACAAUAAUAUAGUUACAUUAAGAGACUUGACAGACUUCAUAAGUUGAAAUACUUUUCGGAAAGAGAAGCUAGUGCCAUAAUGCAAGUUGUAACUUCAACUUUAUGUUAUUUACAUAAAAGUGGAGUUGUGCAUAGAGAUCUAAAACCAUCAAACAUUCUUUACGCUACUGAAAGCGCAUCGCCUGAGGCUUUGAGAAUAUGUGAUUUUGGUUUUGCCAAACAACUGCGUGCAGAUAAUGGACUUUUGAUGACUCCUUGUUAUACUGCAAACUUUGUAGCUCCCGAAGUUUUAAAAAGACAAGGUUAUGAUGCUGCUUGUGAUAUUUGGUCAUUGGGUGUACUUUUGUUUACACUACUAGCUGGACAUACUCCAUUUGCUAAUGGACCUGAAGAUACACCAACUGAAAUACUAAAUCGAAUUGGCAACAGUAAUCUAGAUUUAAAGUCUGGCAACUGGACAGUAGUGUCUGCUGAAGCUAAGGAUUUGGUUAAAAAGUUGUUACAUAUAGAUCCUCAUCAAAGGCCAACAGCUUGUCAGGUAUUAUUAAGUCCGUGGAUAAUGAACAGAGACAAAUUACCAACGCAUCAGAUACAAUUGCAGGAAUCGUACAAGAUCAAGGGGGCAAUGGAAGCAACUUACCGAGCAGUUAGUCAGUCACCACCAACCCCUAAUUUAGGACCAGUAGUUUUAAGUCAGCUGGCUCAAAGACGACACAAGUCACGUACUAAAUGAUACUUUAUAACUACUUAUUAUACAUAACACUAUAUAUUCCUUUUUAUUCUAUUUCUAUAACUUCUAUAUUUAUCUUAUAUUGUAUACCAUUGAUAUCAUAUUUCAAUUUUAAAUUUAGCAUCUUUUAAUGUAUUUUAAUAUUUUAAAAAUAUCUUUUCGACUUUAUAGUAUCUAAAUUAUUCUAUUAAUUCUUAAGGUUCAAAGAAAACUCAUUUGUUUACCGCGGCACAAAAGGUAUAUAAGCAACAUGCUAACAUUGACAAUAUAAAUGUAAUGGACUUCAAUUAUUAUAUUAUGUGUAUAUACUGUUAGUGAAAAAAGCUAGAUGAGCAUCAAUUAUCAAGUCUGACGUUAUGAUGUUCAUAACAUUAUUUUUUACAAUUGGUUUAUUCACAUGUGCUUAUAAUAAACAGUAUUAAACAUUCCUAGUAAGUUUGUUGUUAUGUUUAUUAAUUACAUUUAUAAAGUAUACAAAAAUGUAAUUAUAUUUUUUAUGUUUAAAAAUAUACAAAUUUGUUAAAAGUAUUAUGUUGUAUUGUUACACAGGUUCUCUCUUAUAUAAUUUUUUUUUUUACUGGCUUAUAUAACAGUGUAUAUGGCUGCCAAUGGCUAAUAUUAUGCAUUAAGGAAAUGUCAUUGGUACAUUUCAUAGUUUAGUCAAUUUAUAUUAAUUAGUAAUUAGUUUAGGUGAUAAACUUAAAUUAUUACAUAUUUAUAUUUUAAUUUAAAAUGUACUUGUAUUACUAUUUUGAAAAUCUGUAUUAUCAAAUAAGUUUUCUGAUAAUUCAGGUUUAAGAAAUAUAUUAUGUAUUUGAUAUGGUUCA